AUGGGAUCGCUCCCGAGCUUCCGCAAGGCCUAUGGCGUCCUCAAGGACUCCACCAAGGUCGGCCUUGCCAAGGUCAACAGCGAUUUCAAGGCCUUGGAUGUUGCGAUUGUGAAGGCGACGAGCCAUGUCGAGCGCCCUCCUAGUGAGCGGCAUGUCAGAAAGAUUAUUGGGGCGAUUAUGAGUGGUCAGCCGCGGGCUGAUGUUGUUUACUGCAUACACGCUCUUGCUAGGAGAUUAGCGAAGACGCGCAACUGGAUUGUUGCACUCAAAACACUGAUAUUGAUUCACAGGAUAUUGAGAGAGUGUGGCUGUACUUUCAAAGAGGAGUUAAUAAGCUACUCCCAGAGGGAACCUGUCCUGCUAAUAUCCAAUUUCAAGGAUGAUUCCAGUCAAUAUGCUUCGGAUUGUUCCUCAUGGGUUCGAGCAUAUGGACUUUUCUUGUAUGAACGACUCGAGUGCUUUCAGGCUUUAAAAUAUGAUAUUGAAGCAGAGAGUUUGAGGAGAAAAUUAUGGGGCUCUGCCAAGGGGCUUUUUCAGAAACCAGUUCUAAAAUGUGAAGAAUUGAUUGAGCAGUUGCCUGCUCUGCAGCUGCUUCUGUCCCGGCUUGUGGGCUGUCAGCCUGAAGGAGCAGCUUUGGGCAAUUCUCUUAUACAAUAUGCUGUUGCUUUGGUUUUGAAGGAGAGCUUUAAGAUCUAUUGUGCGAUGAAUGAGGGUAUCAUUGACCUUGUCGAUAUGUUCUUUGAUAUGCCAAAACACAAUGCUGUUGCAGUCUAUAAUAUAUACAGAAGAGCGGGAGUGCUGGCACAAAAUCUUUCUAGUUUUUAUGACUUCUCUAAAUGCCUGGAGGUCGCUAGGACAUUUCAGUUUCCAAUUUUAAGAGAGCCACCUACAUCAUUUAUUGAAACAAUGGCAGAGUAUAUUAGAGAAGCUCCUCAAGCUGGUUAUCUCUUGCCAAGUGAACAGAGGCUUCUGUUAACAUACAAACAAGCAGAUGAUUCUCCUACUAAUGACAUGGACUCAAAUUCUGGAGACAAUAUAAUGGAACUUGAGGAGGUCGAAGAAGCAGCAAAGAUUACAAAUGUGGGAGACUUACUGCUAUUUGAUGAAGAAGAUUUUGUUGCUACUGAGCUAAAGGAAGGUGAUGAAUUGGCUUUAACGGUCAUUUCACAAGGAGAGGAUUGCAAAUCCUCUGAACAUCAUGGUCUGGUUGAAGGUGAAACUGAUCCAUCAGGAUGGGAAUUAUCACUAAUUACUGAUGCAAACAACAGUAGUUACUACUCCACCAAAAACAAAAUGGCUUCUGAGAUUGAUACAAGCUGGUUUGACAACUUAUACAAUGAAGAAGAGGCUAAGGGAUACCAAAACGGAGGAUCGAUUGCUGGUGAUAAGACAUACACCAAUCCAUUUGAGUCUCCUAAUCCAUUCUACACAUUCAACAGCAUUGCAUCUCAAAAUGAAGAAAUGCCAAUGACUAUCCAAACUUAUCAACCUUACCUUCCUGAACAUCCAACAAGAUCAAUUAAUCCUUUUGAUGAUGAAUUCUUUUUCAUCUCACAACAUAACAAUCUUUAGCAUUCUUCUGCAGAAAUCUCAGGCUCUGUAACUCAAUGCAAAUUCAUUCUUUCAUUUGUACAAAUUCUCUUUUUGUGCAGAAUCAACUUGUAUAGUUUCAUACUACUUGUUUUUCUCCCUUUGUUUUUUUUGGAUAAUCAUAACUGUAUAAAA